CAGACUUUUUCUUUUUACUUUAUUUGUAAAGCAAGAGUUUAAAAUAUGAAGUUCUUAAAGUUCUUCACAGGAUUCAAAUAAAGCCACUGCAGUAAAACUAAAACUAAAACGUUUGGACAUGAGCAUAAGGACAUAAAGCACAUGUGUUUUGUUGCUUCCUGUAGCAGAGUGAUUUCUAUGUUUUAUGAUCUUCAUGUGCUUUUUAUGUCUCUGCUCAGUUCAUCUUAUUUAUUCCCCAUUUCAUUGCUUUGCAUGUCACAAUAAAUAGUAGCUGCAUGCUGUUUUACACACAUACUAAUAUUGUCUUACUGUUAUUGCUCUGUAUGCUUCUUAUCUAAUCUCAUGUUCUCUUUUUUUCUUCAGAGUGACGUCUGCUCAGGAACCUGUCGGUACAUUUCCAGUCAGGUUCAUUAAUGUGCACUGUCCCUAUUAAUACACCAAUGAAUUAAAUUUAAAUGGAUGAAUGCAGGAAUAAAGUAAACUAGUGAAGGGGAAGGUUUUUACAGAUGUACAGAGAGUCAUCUUUGGUUUUUCCAGCGUCUGCACCUGGAAAAGUAGCUGGACGUUUCCUCGUGACAUCUUUGCUCCUGGUCUCGUGUAGUUCAUUGAAACUGGUCAUGAUUCUGAAACCAGUUUUUAUGGCUGCUUAACGAGCAUUGACUCACUUGAGCAAACACCUGUGGAAAACACACCUGAGAGCAACAUGCAGAGAGUUUCCACAGAGCUGUUUCCGAGCACAGGGAGGAAAAAGACAGAAUUAUGUAAGAGCUUGUGAUCAACGUGAGCCUCCUGAGAUGGAAACUCCAUAUAUGGUCUGACAGGUGGGUGGAGGCGUGGCUACAACUCUACAGCUGUGAGGGAGAGGUUUAAGUGGACUGAGGAGCAGAAACAGAGUCUAACAGACAUACGGACACAGACACAGAGACUUCAUCUCCCACAGAGCAGACAGCAGAGUCAGACACCAUGCUGCAGUGGAGAGGACUGAAGGAGCACAGAGGGGAGGGGAACAGAGCCGUGGUGGUGUCGGUGGCCAACUAUGACCCCGGGGUGGAGCUGGGGAGGAGGCCUGGAGCCGCGAGGGACGCCAAGAGACUCCACCGCACCCUCAGCAAACUGGGCUUCAAGGUGGACAUCCACAGUGACCUGAGCAGUGACGAGAUCUAUCAGCUGUUUCUGAAAGAGAGCAGGCGGCCUGUGAAGGACUGUUUUCUGGCCGUCCUGUCGUCUCACGGGGAGGAGGGCUGCGUGUUCGGAGCUGACGGGAAACCGGUCCAACUGUCUCGCAUCUUCACUUAUUUCGACAACCAAUGUAUGGAGAACAAGGCCAAACUGUUCCUCAUACAGGCCUGUCGGGGACAUGCUCUGGAUGAUGGAGUGGAGGUGGAUUCAGCAGCUGAUUCCACAGAGUUCAGCUUCUCACAGUAUCUGUCAGUUCCUGUAGAUACAGCUGUGAUGUUCGCCACAGCACCAGGUUACGUAGCUUUCAAUCACCUGUCAGGAUCAGUCUUCCUCCAGACUUUCUGCUCUUUAUUGGAUGAGGGGGGAAACCGUAACCUGGAGCUGACUCGUCUGAUGACCCGCCUGUCCCGCAGCGUGGCCUACAACUUCCAGGCCAAAGGUCGUGAUGUGGGGGGGAAGAAGGAGAUGCCGUGCUUCCUGACGCGACUGACCAGGGAAGUGUUCCCGUUCGCUGAGCCGGGGAAAGACGGCGGGGCCGCGGAGCUCUCAGCCACGUCACUGCUCCACUCUGAAAACGCCAGGACACGGACUCCUUCAAUCAGUUAGACUGCAGCAGCAGAGUUUACGUGACUGCACCUGAAUGAAUGAAGGCAGCAAUUCUCAGCAGGAAUGUAGAGAGGGAGAGGAGAUAAGCUGACCGACACUGACAGCAGCUGAUGUCUGUGUUUUCCUCACACUGACUGACUGCAGGAAAUCCACAGGCGUCAUCAAGGAAACAGCAGCUGAAAUAUCUGCACAUACUGUACAUACCUCAGAGACACACUGUAUUUAAAUAGACUUACUUUGAUUGAACUGAUUUGUACCUUGAUAAACCAAAUGUUAAUUCACUGAGUGAUGCUCUAACUCGGUCUUUUUGUUGGAGUUCUGUCUCUCAGGCAGCAUAAGGAGACUGAGUGGAAAAUUACGUGCAUCAGAACAGAUCUUUAACCUGAAGAACGAGCUGAUACCACUGCACUUUCACAUUAAAUCCACUCUGACAGUCUGAACAAUGACUCACCACCACUUCACCUCUGUCUGACGACUGCAAACUGAACACUGAAAUAUUUGCUCAUAUUGUACAAACCUCUGUGAUAAAUGUCAGACCUGUAAAGUUUUAUCCAGUAUAAAGCUAAUGUAUGUCUGCAAACUAAUGAGAAAUAAUUCAUGUACAAAGUAAUGUUCAUAUGUUCAUGUACAUUUAAAUAAAGUAUAAAUCGUAUCUGUAA